GGGUUUCAUUUUAUAACAGUGGGCCCUAUGAUUCGGUGGACCGUUAUAUUUUAAGGUUCACACAAGCACCAAAAAUCAAACAGACGCAGAUAUUCUAGUCUUUGAUGUGAAGGCAUUAGUGCCUCACUCAACAGCAACAAAUUCGUGCUAUGGCAUCUCCAACCAUUGAAGACUUUGGCAGGAAUCAAGCCAGCAUUUUAUAUUCCAAAAUUCCAUACGUGCAUGAAGAGCGCACGAAAUCCUUUUCCCAUCAAUAAUGGUAGAACAUUUGAAUAUGGACGGUUGAUAUUUUAUUCGUUUUACCAUCCAUUUGGAGGCCACAAGUAGACGGUUGCGAUAACGUGAAUGGUGUUUUCUAAAUCUGUGGUGGAUCAUCGUCUAUUAAGUCUGCCAGAUGGAGGGUCCAGAUUCAUUAACUGAACAACAACGUAUACCAUUGAGUGGCAACGAACCCUGACUGGUUUGUCGCGUGACUGGUCAAGUUAGCCUCUGUAAAUACAGAGCAUGCAACAUGAGCUCAAGAGAAAGAAAGCUUUGAUCUGAAUUUCUGUCUCCCACCUUCCUGAAGGAAAAAAACAACUUUCUUGUGAGAGAAAAGAGUGAGGAAAGAUGGCCACUGUCGAGUUCGUUGUCGAGUUCUUUCUCCAAAAACUCCUUGACCAGCUCAUUCAAGAAGCCAUUUUCUUACAUGGGGUUCGUGAUCAAGUCGAGUGGCUCGAGGCAGAAUUUCGGCGGAUGCGAUGCUUCUUAAAAGAUGCAGAUGCCAAACAAGAAGGAGAUGAAAGAGUGAAGAACUGGGUGCGGGACGUGAGAGAUGUUGCAUACGAUGCUGAGGACGCCAUCGACACCUUCCUAUUCAAGAUAGCAAGCUCUAGGCGAAGAGGAUUAGUAGGCUGCAUUAAGAGGUACACUUUCAUCUUCAAGUUGAUAGCACUCCAUAAGGUGGGCUCUGAGAUCGAACGCAUAAAGAAUAAAAUCCGUACGAUCUCUGAAAGUAGGUCGACUUAUGGAAUUGAAAAUAUAGGCCAGGGAGCAGGUACAAGCUCCACAGGUCUAAGCCACCAAGAUUGGAGGCUGACUUCUCCUCUUGCUCAAGAACCAGAUUUUGUUGGCUUUGAGAAAGAUUUAGAGACAUUGGUGGCCCGAUUGACGGAGGGGGAGUUGCGCCGUUGUGUUGUUUCUGUAGUCGGAAUGGGUGGUCUCGGUAAGACCACUCUUACGAAGAAAAUUUAUAACGACAACCGUGUUAAGACACAUUUUCACUCUUGCGAAUGGAUUUCUAUAUCACAAGAGUAUGGUGCGAGAGAUCUUCUUCAGAACAUCAUAAAUCGCUAUAUGGUGCUCUCAGAAGAGGAGUUCAAGAAGGUGGAGAAAAUGGACGUCUUUCAGCUGAGGCAUAAAAUUUCUGAGUACUUGCAAAAGAAGAGAUACUUGAUGGUAUUAGAUGAUAUAUGGACAACUGUAGCAUGGGAUUCUCUCAAGGAUGCUUUCCCGGAUAUGAAUAAUGGAAGCAGGGUCAUGCUCACCACGCGCAACAAAGAUGUAGCUUUACAUGCAGAUGCACAAAGCUCGCCAUAUGAAUUACGAUUUUUAGAAGCAGAUGAGAGCUGGGAAUUGUUUCGUAGGAAAACAUUCCCAACACAAGAUACUGGUUGCCCUCAGGAUUUGGAGAAGUUGGGAAGAGAGAUUGUGGAAAAAUGCCAUGGUCUACCUCUUGCAAUCGUCGUCAUCGGAGGGCUCUUAUCAAGGAAAGAACCGUGGGAGUGGAAGAAUGUACACAAGAGCAUUAGCUGGCAAUUUGUGGAAGGACAACCACAAGUCUCUAAAAUAUUAUCUUUGAGUUAUAGAGAUCUGCCCUAUCACUUAAAACCAUGCUUUCUCUACUUGGGCAUUUUUCCAGAAGACUAUGAGUUCCGCGCUAAGAAACUGAUUCGCUUGUGGGCCGCAGAAGGGUUACUGCAACGGAGAGGGGACGAAACGCUAGAAGAAGUGGGAGAAGAUUGUCUGAAAGAGUUGAUUCAACUGAGUAUGAUUCAACUUGCUAACAGAAGUUCAAGAGGGGGCAUUAAAAGUUGCCGUAUUCAUGAUCUUUUGCGGGAUCUUUCCAUAUCAGAAGCAAAGGAAGAUAAUUUUCUCCAGGUUCAUCGUGAGAAUGUGGAUGAUCUAUCAGCGUCUACUGCACGUCGACUUGCAAUUUACCGUAACUCCUUAAUUGAGUGCACUUCCUUAAAAUCUUCCACUCCACGCCUUCGUUCUGUGUUGAUCCACACCCAAGCUGAUCAGAGGCUUUAUGGACCGAAACAAGAGAAGUUUGUUUACAGAAGCUUUAAAUUGCUCAGGGUGUUAGAUCUACAUUACGUAGCAAUAGAAGAGCUACCGAGUCAGAUAGGUGCACUGAUCCACUUACGAUACCUCGGGUGUACCAAAACUUGGUUAAAAAGGCUCCCAUCAUCAAUAGGAAAUCUUCACAAUUUACAAACACUAAUUGUAACAAGUCAUGAAAAUGUAAUCAGCAUACCUAGCAUCAUAGAGAAGAUGCAACAGUUAAGACAUGUCCAAGUGAAGAACGCAUAUGGAGGUCCGUGUGUGAUAGAAGGGCAUGCACGUCUCGACCAGAUUAGGAACCUCCAAACUCUAGCAAAUGUAGAGGCGGGCGAAUGGAUGCAUGCUUGCUUGGGAAAGCUCACCAAUCUGAGAAAACUAGGAGUGCGUUUAGAUGAUGAAGGAGCAUAUGGUGAGGUAUUGUAUGAAUCCAUUGUCAAAUUGGAAUGCCUUGAGUCCCUGUUUGUGAAGGGAUACCCAUUCCCAUUGAAUAUUCCUUUCCCACAUCUUCACAAGUUAUGCAAGUUGCGUUUGGAAGGAAAGGUAGAGAAGUUACCUGAGUCUACUGAACUCCCCACAAACCUCACCAAGCUUACCUUGAAAUACUCCUUUUUAUUACACGACCCACUGGCAAUGUUGGAGAAGCUGAAAAACAUUCGCGUUCUCAGAUUGCUGGACUAUUCAUACGAAGGAGUGGAGAUGGCUUGCUCUGCACAAGGGUUUCCUCGACUUGAAUCCUUACAUCUUCAAGGGUUACCUCGAUUAAAGGAGUGGAUAGUGGAAGAAGGAGCUAUGCCAAGACUUUUACAUUUACAGAUCAAUGAAUGCCGUAAUUUGAAGAAGCUUCCAGAAGGACUGCAACAUGUGACUACCCUCAAGAAAUUGGAGUUGCGGAAGAUGCCCAACGAAUUCAAAGAAAGGCUUCGAGAAGACGAGGGAGAGGAUUGGCAUAAAAUUCAUCACAUACCCUCCAUCGACAUACGCUAGCUGCAUUGAUGGAAUGCUUUUGUUCAUUUUAUUGCUGCUGCUGGUUGAAGCCUGGAAUGAAUCUGCUGGAAGUAUGUAUGCUUAGUGGGUGAAUUGUUAUGGAUGGUUGGAUGCAGGGAAGUCAUGCGAUCGGCUGGGAGUGUUUGCAGGAUCUUUGCUGUGUAGAUUUUCAGCUGGCUGGUCUCUGGAGGUAUGGGCUAUCGGGGUGGUGUACUUUGUCUUCGUCGAGGCUUGAGUGACAUGUGAUAACUCUGUUAUGGCUGCUGAUUUCUCUGUUGGGUAUUGAAGCUGAAGAGGCUUGUCUGGCAACGCAGAAGAGGCUUCAGCUAUAGUAUGUUUUCUGGAUGCUGUCUAGUGUUGUUCGUGUAGAUUUUUUGCUGCUUUGCUCUACUGGAUGUUGCCUGUGCAUUGGAUGUGUGAAGAGUAUGGCUUCUCUGUUUUUUAUUGUUUUUUAUUUAGCAUUGUACUGGGUCAAUAUAUGAUAUGUGAGGCCCAACUCUUUCUGUGGUGCCCGCCAAAUGAUUGUAUAGCCAAUUUCCAAAUCAACAAAGUUAUAGGUGGUGUGC